AUGGAGAAAACCGUCAUAGUCCUGUGGGCCCUCCUUGGCGUAGUGCUACUUAUCUUCUUCCUUUUGCUUAUCGUCCACAUGCAUCAAGAAGAUCAACUCUGCUUCGCACCGCGCCGAAAGACCGCUGAUAUAGAGCGAGGAUGUGCAUUGCCAGAAAUCCCGUCCAUCCAUCAACCGACGACCGGGCCUCGACUCAAUGUAUUUCCUCCGACUGCUGGUACAGUUGAUCGCGGCUCAGAGACAAAAAGUCGCCGUGAACCUCGGCGGUUCGGGGGUAAGAAGGACUUGAAACCGCUUCGACUCGCUGACGUUGCGCAACAUACGGCUGAUCGUGGUACUCAGAGCGCUAGAGUGAUACAUCAGAGGCAGGGUAACGCGGAUGUUGGAAAGGUGAGGGUACCACAAUCUGCUCGAUGA